CACCUCCCCCAAUAAUAAAUCGCACCAAAUAAAUAACCAUCCUAUCAAUACCUUUGGUGACAAAUCAAUGGCAAAAGCAUUUACAUUACCAAUACCACGUCCACAACCACACUCAGGGAAUCUGAAUCAAAUUCUUUACGCCCAACUAAAUCAAAAUCUCAAAAUUUUCGGUAACAAUUGUAUAAAUAAACUUAAUUAUAAUGUCAAUUAUGUAAAUGCUACAAGAUUCACUAGUAUUUUAGCUACGCAACUUCCUUUUCGUUCUUUGCUUCAUUUGCGCCGAUCUUGUGUACCUUCUCUUCGGUUUUCGGUGAUGUCUCAGAACGAUGAACAUGGGGCAACAAUCAAUCAAGAUACCACCAAAACGAUAAGAUGUAUGAUAAAAGGUAGAGUUCAAGGGGUGUUCUACAGGAACUGGACGAUUGACAACGCAAGACAAUUGGGUUUAAAGGGAUGGGUGAGAAAUAGGAGAGAUGGGUGUGUGGAAGCUCUAUUUUCAGGCAACAGUGAAAUCGUGGAUGAGAUGUUGCAGCGUUGUCGGCGUGGGCCGUCAGAUGCUAUGGUGACUGCCCUUAAUGUUAAUCCUUCAAAUGAGGACCCUGGAUCAGGUUUUGAACGUAAACCCACUGUAUGAGCUUACUGUGUAUUGUAUAUAUACCCUGAUGGAGUAUGUUUUUGCAGAAUAUACUCUUAUUUGUCUGCUCAUGUAGGCUUGUAACCUUAGCUUAUGCAAUCUUAACUGUUUAAGAACCAUCAACAUGAUACUAUACAUUGAAGACUCUGGUCUGCAACUGGACGUUUUGUGUUAUCUUCAAUUCAAAAGAAAAUGUGUUAAUUCUGUUUUCAUA